GUCGACCACAGCUCUCCUUGAGGAAGCUCGCCCUCACGACUCAUAUUUUCCUUUAAAUGAGCAUCCACAUCCAAUAUGUCCAAUAUGGUUCCGUAUUCAUUUCCCGACUUACCGUAGCGGUCCAACGGCUUCGUACAAAAAGGAUUGCCGAUAUCUGCCGGUUUUGUGACCGAUCAUCUUUAAAAUGGCAAGAUCGCAGGGGCAGCUUGAGUAAUGAGACCGAUAUUCAGAUUAACCCAGUCCUGAUAUACACGUCUUCAAGGAGGCCUGUCUACGUCCACGGCGCCAAGACCCCUGUAGUAUCCUUCCACAUCCCCACGUCACUGCUUGACUUUUCCUGUCCUGAGUUCCUCUGUCAUGUCAAGCCCUAGCAGCAGCCCAGAGAGAGAGGGAGGGAUGGCAGGUUCUGUUCAGCUGGAGGACCUCAACUCGCCUCCUGGUCUGGAGACUGACCCUCCUUUAGCUGGCAGCCCAGUGCUCAGUCCAGAUUCCAGUUCCCAUGAUGCUGCGCUCUCUGCCCCAGCAGCUUCCCCGGCGGACUCCGAGAACCUCAGUCCAGAUGAGCUUGAGCUUCUGGCCAAACUGGAGGAACAGAAUAGGUUGCUAGAAGCAGAUUCCAAAUCCAUGCGCUCAAUGAGUGGAUCUCGGAGGAAUAGUGGCUCCUCUCUGGUGUCAAGCUCAUCCGCAUCUUCUAACCUGUCCCAUCUGGAAGAAGACACUUGGAUCCUGUGGGGACGGAUUGUCAAUGAGUGGGAUGAGUGGAGACGAAAGAAAGACAAACUUCUGAAGGAGCUAUUAAGGAAAGGCAUUCCUCAUCAUUUCCGAGCAAUCGUUUGGCAGUUAUUAUGUAAUGCCACUGACAUGCCAGUAAAGAAUCAGUACUCUGAACUAUUAAAGAUGUCCUCACCCUGUGAGAAACUCAUACGCAGAGAUAUUGCCCGCACAUAUCCAGAACAUGACUUCUUCAAAGGCCAGGACAGCCUGGGACAGGAAGUUCUGUUUAAUGUCAUGAAGGCAUAUUCUCUUGUGGAUCGUGAAGUUGGUUAUUGUCAGGGCAGUGCUUUCAUCGUAGGAUUGCUACUUAUGCAGAUGCCGGAGGAGGAGGCUUUCUGUGUGUUUGUCAGACUAAUGCAGGAGUACAGGCUCAGAGAGUUGUUUAAACCCAGCAUGGCUGAACUGGGUCUGUGCAUCUACCAGUUUGAACACUUGCUACAGGAGCAGUUGCCGGAGCUGAACGUUCAUUUCCGUUCUCAGAGUUUCCAUACAUCUAUGUAUGCCUCAUCCUGGUUUCUCACUCUGUUUCUCACCUUCCUACCCCUGCCAAUAGCUACACGUAUUUUUGACAUCUUUAUGUAUGAGGGUUUGGAGAUCAUAUUCCGAAUUGGAAUAGCGAUAUUGCAGUACAACCAGACAGAACUCAUACAGCUAGACAUGGAGGGAAUGUCACAGCACUUUCAGAAGGUGAUUCCGCAUCAGUUUGAUAGCUGCCCAGAUAAACUGAUCCUGCGGGCUUAUCAAGUUAAAUACAAUCCCAAGAGAAUGAAAAAGUUAGAAAAGGAGUAUACCACUAUCAAGAACAAAGAAAUGGAGGAACAGAUUGAAAUUAAGAGACUACGUACAGAAAAUAGACUACUGAAGCAGAGGAUUGAGACACUGGAAAAAGAGAGUGCUGCAUUAGCAGACAGGUUGAUUCAGGGUCAGGUGACUCGAGCCCAGGAGGCAGAGGAGAACUAUGUUAUUAAGCGUGAACUGGCUGUGGUUCGGCAGCAGUGUUACACAGCCAGUGAGAGUCUGGAAAAGGCACAGGACACCAUUCGUGAACUUCAGCAACACAAGUAUACAGAGGAGUUUGUGAGUGGGCUGCAGACUCAGUUGGAACAGUCUCGUCUACAGGAGGCAGAAUUACUCAGUGCUCUGAAAGAAAUGCAGGACAAAGUGCUCGAUCUGGAAAAGAGGAACAACUCUCUCCCUGAUGAAAUCAAUGUAGCUCAGCUGCAGGAUGAGCUGAAGCUGGUGAAACUGAGAGAGCAGGAGACUCUGCGCUCCUUCAGAGAGAUGCAAGAGGCCGUUACUGAUCUCAACCACUGCUGGCAGCAUCAUACGUCUCGUGGAGGAGGAGGCCAUUGGAAGGAGUCUCCUAAAAAGAAUGCGUUGAAUGAGCUACAGGACAAACUGAUGAGUCUGAGACUGCGAGAGGCUCAGGGUCAAGCUGAACUCAAAGAGGUCAAAUUUAAAAACCUGGAGCUAGAGAGCCAGAACCAGAUCAACUGUAAACUAGUUAUCAGACAUGAGCAAGAGAGCACUGGCCUGCAGGAGAGACUUCAGAAUGCUCUUUCCCACAACAAAACGCUACAAAGCCAGCUCAACGAAAUUAAAAGAAAGAUGGCUGAGUCUGACUGCAAGAGCAAAGAAGAGGUGAUGGCAGUCCGUCUAAGAGAAGCUGACAGCAUGGCCGCUAUGGCUGAACUCCGGCAAAAGAUAGCCGAGCUAGAAAUACAGAAAGAGGAGGGAUUGAUCCAAGGCCAGCUGAACCACUCAGACUCCAGACAGUAUAUAACUCAACUGAGAGAGCAGAUCGCUGAACUCAAGAAUGUGAUCAGGCGGCUACGUGGACAGCGCUCCAAGUUCCAGAAUAGCGGUGGAGGCGUAUAUCAGGACCUAUGUUUGGAAAGCCCAGCAUCUGCAGAAGGUGAUUACCUCAGUUCGGACGAGGACCCUCUUCAGAGCCACUUGCCUCUAACCUCCCUGUAUCCGCACCAUUCGUCACCUCAUCUGGACAGUCAAGGCAGCACGGACAGCGACGGCGAGGAAAGGAACCCCAUUCAAACCCCCUGCCAAGACCCUCUGCCUAACCAGCAGCAGCUUUACCCGGGCAUGGUGUGCACCGAAGGACUCGAGAACUGAGAUGGCUUGAAAUGGACUGAAUUUGGAGUUCUGUAUAACAAAUACCAACAUACAUACACACACAAACUGUCCUCUUCUCUUGAGUGCCAGAAAGUUUGGUCAUUUUUGCCAUUUUCUCUUUUCAAAGAAAACAGUAUGGCCUUGAAACUACCUCUAAUUUAACCAGACACUCACUCAGUCCCUGUGAGCAUACCAACUUCUCCAAUACAACAGCCAUCUGGCUAGAAAUGAGGUGACAGAGGAAAGAAAAAGCAAGCAGGAUACACACCUUCUGGUACACAAGUUUGCAGCAUCCUGUCAAAACAUGGGAUUGUCUUUGUCACGCUCAGUUGGCGCCUAACGGAGGGACCAUCUCUACUGUUUGUUUAGAGGAUAGCAGCAGAUUUGGUGCCUCUCUCAGCCUGGACGUUCUUCGUUUCUCUGUCUUGUUCCUGUGGAGAGGAUGUGCACCUUUUAUGUUUAUCUCAAAUGCAACAGACACUACAAUCACUUUAAUGGGAGGUGAAGGCCAAAGGAGAGAAAAUAGGAAUGAACAAAGUCUUAUUAUAUAACGUAAUAGGGAUGUUAAUAGUUACAUGCAUAGAUGAAUAUUACCGUAGCUCAUCCAUGUAUUUGUGUGUGUUUUAUACAAAACAAAUAAGAGUGAUCAAGCUUUUGGAUGGAAAAAAAAUCCAUUGCAAAAGAAAACUAUGUCAACAUUGCCAAAAGUUUUUUAUGUUAAUUGUUUAUUUCUUUUAUGUUUUUUAAAAUAAUGUUAAUGUACUUCAUGCAUACAGAGGCCAAACUAUUUAAUUUAUACUAUUCUUCUGUGCCAAUCCUGAAAAACAGCAUGAAGCUGAAACUACAGGGUCUCCAGAAAAGAGAGAACUUUAAAAAAAGGGUAAAGAAAAGAAUAACAACUGCUGCUAUGACAUAUCUAGUUCCAUUUUUUUUUUUUUUUUUUUUAAUAUGUUCACAAGGAUAACCCCUCUCUCAUGUAAAGUAGAUCUAUAAGUCCAAAAUAUACUGUGAAGUUAUUAUUGACUUGACGCUUACAAACAACGAGUUAGCCUAGAUUUGUACAUUACAUAAAUACCCUCAAGCAACUAUAUGAUAUUGAUUUGCAUUUCACAUUUCAACUGUUAACCAUCUUAAGGCAGUUAUUGAUCCUGAUUUUUAUGGGUUUGUGCUAAAUCUAAAGCAACUUCCUGAAGCAUUUGUGAAGACUGUUGCUCUUGGUUGAUAUUGAAGAAAGUCUUCAUUUGUAGAGCUAAAGCUUGCUUGCAUUUGACUGAACUAUGAAAGGUUUUUCAAACAAACGUAACUACUAAACUAAACUACAGUUCAUUGCAAAAUAAUGUGGGAUUUUGUAUAUACAUUAUAUUAUACAAAUAUUUCAUACUUGUAACAGUUUUCUUCCUUUUAAUCGAGUUGGGUCACUUAAAUUUUUUUUUACCCACAAUUUCGUAACCUGUCUUGAAGAUUUCCAUCUGACUCAGUACUGUCUACGAUGCUGUGUUUGUCUGACCACACAUGGUACAUCAGUGUCAUUGCCUUUCCCCACCACUGCCUCAUUUUGCUAAAGCUUGUCAGUCGUUGCAUUUAUCAGACAUUUUACAUGUUUACAUGACUUUCCGAGAACAAUACAUUGUCGACAUUUGCACCAUUUACUGGUUAUUGACCCAAAAACCAGUGAGAAGCUGCUCGCAGUCAUGUCUUUGACAGUAUGAUGCAUUACAAGACAUUGGAGUUUUGGGGAGAAGUAUUUACAGUAUGUGCUGAAUAUGUCAUGAAAACCAUUUAAGUGUGUUCAUAAAGCAUAUCUUCUUUUGAGUGGUUGUAAGUUCUCAAGGUUUCCUGGGGUUGCUGUUUUAACGUACCACAGUGUUAUAAUGACUGAUGCAAAAUUGUUUAUUAAUGGUUUGUGUCGAAUCGCUUGCUGUAGAAUUGAUAUUUUUCCCUUGAUCAAACCUAUAAUGCCCCUUGCACUGAUAAAAAAAAUUUUUUAUGUACCUGUUAUACCUGAAAAAAAAAAGAAAAAUUGACAUAGACUAAGAAAUAACAGUGUGAAUUAGACCAAUAAUGAUAUUUUAUGCAAAUGGACUUGAGAUUUUAUGCAGAGAUAUUAUGCUCUUUUACAAAGUCUUGAUUUUGU